AGUGUCACAGUGCAUUAUAAGAAUAAAAAAUCAUUUGAUCCUGAUGUCAUGACACAAGGCUUCGCUGGGUACUAGCCGCAGCCAUGAAGCGACGUACCGUCAUCAUCGUUGUCGUGGCAACAUUCCUAAUGUGGAACUGUGUGACCUAUUACUUCUUAGUGAAUAAACCUCAGGGACGGUCUGCUGUUGGUGCGGGUUCACAGCUUGAGAGUAGACUACAGGAUCUACAGAAUGAGAUUCAGCUUGAGCUAAGUCAGAAUAGUGAACUUUUACGCCGUCUGCAUCAAUAUAAACGUAAGAUCGUAUCUCAUCAAAUAGAUGGAGGUGAAAAAAAUAUUGCACCGGGUGAAGGGAACAUUGGGAAUGGUCCCGACAGUCCUGUGGUGCUGCCUGUAGACUUUGAAGCCUCAAAGGAUAGCUUGUUUAAUGUCCCUAUACCUGUUCUAGUCUUUGCCUGUAACCGUAUCACUGUAAAUAGAAACUUAGAUCAACUUAUAAAAUAUAGGCCAUCAGCCCAGAGGUUCCCAAUAAUAGUUACCCAGGACUGUGGCCACGCAGAAACAGAAAAAGUUAUAUUAUCAUACGGGGAUAAGGUCACUUUAAUAAAGCACCCAGACCUAAGUGAUAUACCAUUGUCUUUCAAAGAAAAGAAGUUCCAAGGGUAUUAUAAAAUAGCCCGGCAUUAUAAAUGGGCUAUUAGUCAAGUUUUUCACAAGUUUAACUACAAUGCAGUAAUUAUAGUAGAAGAUGAUUUAGAUAUAUCACCUGAUUUCUUUGAGUAUUUCUCGGCCACUUACCCUCUGCUCCACAGUGACCCAUCCCUAUGGUGUGUCUCAGCCUGGAAUGACAAUGGGAAAUCUGGCAUGGUCUCUAAUGAACCAGAGCUUCUUUAUAGAACAGAUUUCUUCCCUGGGCUCGGCUGGAUGUUAGAGAAGUCUACCUGGCUAGAACUAGAACCAAAGUGGCCAAAAACAUUCUGGGACGACUGGAUGCGUCAUCCAGACCAGCGUAAGGACAGGUCAUGUAUACGACCAGAGAUCUCAAGAACAACCACCUUUGGAAAAAUAGGGGUCAGCAAGGGGCAGUUCUUUGAAAAACAUUUAAAAUUUAUACAGCUCAACCAACAGUUUGUGCCUUUUACCACUAUGGACAUUUCUUAUCUUUUAAAAGAAAAAUAUGACGAAAUAUUUGUCAAAAAGGUGUAUGAGUCCCCAUUAUUGACUGUUCAACAAAUACGCAAUAACGAGGAGUCUAAAUAUACCACAGUUCGUGUGCAAUACUCUGAUAAAGUAGGAUUUAAAGCUCUUGCCAAACAACUAGGCAUCAUGGAAGACUUGAAGUCUGGUGUCCCUAGGGCUGGCUACAGAGGAAUAGUAAGCUUUAUGAGCAAUGGCAGGCGAGUCUUCUUCGCACCUCCCCCAACCUGGGACAAAUAUGACGUCACCUGGAACUAAUACUGGAACACCCCCAACAUUCUGUUUCUACAUUCAUAAAGAUUUCUCAUUCAUUAAGUCAUUGAUCAUUAAGUCAUGUGUAUGAUAGCCUCAUUGGUUUCCCAUUGGAUCUUUAUGUUGUGUAGGAAUAGAUUGUAGGGGGUGCUCUAGUAUUAUACUCUACUAUAAGCUGUGUCCUUCCAUAAAUAAUAUUCAGUCUGAUAGACAUGAUCUUUGUGAAACUGCAAAGGAUGGUGAACAAUAGUGAACAUACAUCUAGUGUAGAAAGUGGCUAUACAAACAUCAAGCACAUUUUGAUGUGAGCAUUUACCUUGACAUUGAAAAGUCUUCCUUGCCAUUCUGUUCUAUGAGACCAAUAAUAUAGAUGAAGAUUAUGGAUUGAUACUUUAUAUACUAAAAUAAUGAGGUACCUAGUCUUAUAUUGAAAUGGUGUCUUCUCAAUUGUCUGCUUAACCUUUCAUUGGCUGUUCAUUGAAUGCACAAUAACAUGGAGACCAAUGGUUUUAAAUUCUUUUUUUUGAUCAUUCUGGCUCAAAUAUAAAUAGAUGGCUGAUGUAAAGGGAUAGCUCUAUUGUGAUGAUUUAUUUGGCGAUGUUUGCUCAACUUUGGGAAAAUUACCUUAUCAUUCAUUAUCUUGUAUUACCAUAUAAGGAAUUGAUGUCCUUAUGUAAUUCAAUUCUUACAUUUAUUAAGAGUAAUAUUAUUUUUUGAAAUUUUAAGUUUAUGCUUAACGAAGACAUUUUACUCAGUAAGCAUUUUUGCUUUUAGAGGCAACAUCUUUUUAUUCACUAAAUACCGCACUAGAUAUUGCCACAUAUGGAAAACGAGAGAAACUACGUUGAACAAGGAGUAUAUUAUCGUACAAGUACGUACAUUAUCAGAGUAAUUUCUCCUCAAAUGUUAGGUUUUCCUCUUUCAUAUGGUGAUUAGGACUAAGUAGCUUGACUUAUUUUGGGAUGGGGAUGAGCUGUUUUGCUUUGAGCUAUUAAUUACAUGCAUACCAUAGAUGUUAUUUCAAGGGCACAUUAUAAUGGAACUUCUGUAUUAUUAGACAUUGUUUGAUCAUAAAUCAUAGAAUAGAGAUAGAAACAGCUAAAUGCUAGUACAGUAUAUACAUGUACUGUAUAUUAUUAAUUCUCUUUUAUUAAACAAUGUAGAAUAAUACUGUUUUUCUAUUUAUUUAGAUGUAAUGUGUAGCAAUUUUUAGUUUGAUCUUAUUAGCUGAAAUGUGAGCUCUUGAUUUAAUGUGAUUUUAAUAUAUUUUUAUUUCAUUUGAAUAUUGUAAGAUUACUAAGGAGUAACUAAUCAGAGGAUUGUAUAAUUUAUUAAAUCUAAACUUUUCAAUGUGAUUAGGUUAAUUCUUGUUGUUAUUUAUUGCUGUGUUAUAUGCACAGGUGUGGAAUAUAGAGAAGUGUUAUAUUCAGAGUUACAUUUAGAUACAUGCUCUAAUGAGAAGUAAAAAAUAAGUAUAUGAGCUCAAUUUAUAGAAAAUGAAUGAUUCUAGUAAUUAUAGUCUACAAGUACAUGUAAGUACCUGGUUUGUAAGUAGUCAUAUGCAUUUAUAGGUACAACAUAGUUUUUGUUAUCUGGUUUUAGUACACAUUGAUUUGAAGAAACAAAAUAGCUUUAUCUACUGGAAAGUCUCUGGAAUACAAAGUUUAAGGAUUGUUUUAGUCAAAAUAUUUUAGAGUCAAAUAGGGUUUUCUGUUGCUGCAGCAUCAGUAAAUAAAUAAAUGACUGAUUGGCGUUAUACCAAUAGUUUUUUUCAAUUUGCGUUAUAAGUAUUGAUUCCCUACAAGACAUAAAUCAAAAAAAAUUUCUUGGAUCAUAUCAUUCCUAUUGUUUUUUUAAUAUGUUGAGACAACCUAAUUCUAUUUGAAUUAAACUAUGUUAUCUAUUUGGAUGUUUGUUGUAAAGUGUAAGAUGUGUGACAUAGCAUUUUGCAAGUGACUUUCCAGGUACUUACAGGUAGAGAAAUGAUGUUUUACAUACAACAUAAUUAUUACAUGCAUAGUGGUUUUGUUUGGAGCUUUUGCAGUGCAGUAUAUAUUAAGACUUGUACAUUUACUCUGAUUGGAAUUCUGCAUCUAUCAUGCUAUAGUUGAUGUUAAAGAGACAUUUACAUUGUAAAUAAUACACACGGGCAAUAGGCUCCUACUGUUGGACGUACUAGUUAUUAACUGGAUAUACAACUUAAGGCCAUGUUCACCCAUCUCUAUGAUUAAUUUAAUUAUCACAAGUACAGGGUGACCCAAAAAUCAAACUCUAUUUUUGGCUCAUUUUAAUUAGACUUAAUAAUGAUGGAAUGUUGUUGUAUAAUUGCACCACUGUUUGCUCCAUGAGAACUCACUAUCUACACAAAAGAAUUCAAGAAGAUUCCAUCAUUAUUCACAAAUAUAUUCCAAACUUAGAGGGUUACAUUUUGUGGUCACCCUGUAGUUAUAUGAGGCAUUGAAGCUUCAAAGGUUCAGGUGUAUAUGUGGUACAGGUUUAUAUAAAAGUAUGUACUAUUAUAUAAUAGAAUUUAAUAUUAUAUAAUAGUAUGUAUUAUAGACACAUUAUUGUACAUAUAACAAAUAUUGAUGAAUUAAAGAGAAUAAAUGAUUUUUAUAUUAAAA